CUGCGUUCUCCGAUAGCGUGCGGCGAAGUGUCAUACGGGGUGUCAUCAUAUACGGUGUCGCCUACAAUCUUUAUCAGAAUACGAACUUUUUCUGGGUGGGUGGCGUUUCGAUUCCGUUCUCGCGGCUGUCUGUCGGACAAUUUACGAUUUAUUACAAUUGUUUCGAUCGCCCCUUCUCCGCCCCGUCUAUAAAAUAGACAGACAAGAUGACCGAUUCAAAGUAUUUUACCACUACAAAGAAGGGGGAGAUAUUUGAGCUCAAGUCAGAACUUAAUAAUGAGAAAAAAGAAAAGAAGAAGGAAGCUGUAAAGAAGGUUAUUGCUUCUAUGACAGUCGGGAAAGACGUGUCCGCGUUAUUUCCCGACGUGGUAAACUGCAUGCAGACUGACAAUUUGGAACUGAAAAAACUGGUGUAUCUGUAUCUGAUGAACUACGCCAAGAGUCAACCAGACAUGGCUAUUAUGGCAGUCAACACGUUCGUCAAGGAGCUAGCGACAUCUCCGAUGACAAAGGAUUGCGAGGACCCAAAUCCGCUGAUUCGCGCGCUAGCAGUUCGCACGAUGGGAUGCAUACGCGUCGACAAGAUAACCGAAUAUUUGUGCGAGCCGUUGCGCAAGUGCCUGAAGGACGAGGAUCCGUAUGUACGCAAGACCGCAGCCGUGUGCGUCGCCAAACUUUAUGACAUUAACGCGGCCUUGGUCGAGGAUCAGGGAUUUCUGGAUCAAUUGAAGGAUCUUCUGUCCGACAGCAAUCCAAUGGUUGUUGCAAACGCAGUAGCUGCAUUGUCUGAGAUCAACGAGGCCAGUCCGAGCGGUCAACCGUUGGUGGAGAUGAAUGCACAGACCAUAAAUAAACUAUUAACAGCGCUCAAUGAGUGUACAGAAUGGGGCCAAGUUUUCAUCCUGGAUUCAUUGGCGAAUUAUUCGCCCAAGGACGAUCGCGAAGCGCAAAGCAUCUGCGAACGGAUCACUCCACGUCUAGCGCAUGCUAAUGCUGCAGUCGUGCUGUCUGCUGUCAAGGUAUUAAUGAAACUGAUGGAAAUGUUGCAAUCCGAAUCGGAUUUUGUCGGCACACUUACGAAGAAAUUAGCACCUCCUCUCGUCACAUUAUUGAGUUCCGAGCCAGAAGUUCAAUAUGUCGCAUUAAGAAACAUCAAUCUCAUCGUGCAGAAGCGACCUGAUAUUCUGAAACAUGAAAUGAAAGUAUUCUUUGUCAAAUAUAAUGAUCCAAUAUAUGUAAAACUGGAAAAACUGGAUAUUAUGAUUCGUUUAGCGUCACAGGCUAAUAUCGCGCAAGUUUUAUCGGAGCUGAAAGAAUACGCCACCGAGGUUGAUGUGGAUUUUGUAAGAAAAGCUGUGAGGGCUAUCGGUCGUUGCGCCAUAAAAGUCGAACCAUCCGCAGAACGUUGCGUCUCCACAUUGCUGGACCUGAUUCAAACCAAGGUGAACUAUGUUGUUCAAGAAGCGAUUGUAGUCAUAAAAGAUAUCUUCCGUAAAUAUCCUAAUAAGUAUGAGAGCAUAAUUUCGACUCUGUGCGAGAAUCUAGACACACUUGAUGAGCCAGAGGCGCGUGCUUCCAUGAUUUGGAUUAUUGGAGAAUACGCGGAACGUAUCGAUAAUGCAGACGAAUUGUUAGAGAGCUUCCUGGAAGGAUUCCACGAUGAGAACACACAGGUGCAACUUCAAUUGCUCACAGCAAUCGUGAAACUGUUUCUCAAGAGACCGACAGAUACGCAAGAGUUGGUUCAGCAAGUGCUGAGUCUGGCAACACAAGAUUCUGAUAAUCCUGAUCUGCGAGACCGCGGUUUUAUUUACUGGCGGCUGCUUAGCACCGAUCCGGCGGCGGCUAAGGAAGUGGUGCUCGCGGAGAAACCUUUGAUUUCGGAAGAAACAGAUCUGCUAGAGCCGACGCUGUUGGACGAAUUGAUUUGUCACAUCUCGAGUUUGGCAUCCGUGUAUCACAAGCCUCCCACAGCAUUUGUCGAGGGCAGAGCCGCGGGCGCUAGAAAAUCCUUGCCUGCUAGAAGCAAUUCGAACGAAGAGUCUGCCCGCACAACAAAUGCACAGCCUCACGCGCAGGUUAUACCCGCUCAAGAUUCUCUGAUAGGCGACCUCCUUAGCAUGGAUAUCGGUGGACCAGCAAUAGUCACACCGACGCCUGCGCCACAAUCGGCGGGACUAGGACUAGAUCUUCUAGGCGGCGGUUUGGACGGGAUUCUAAGCAAUACCGAAAGCACAAGCGCAGCGCCAGUCGUUUCCCAAAGUACAACCGGUUUGCUCGGCGAUAUAUUCGGCUUCAGCCAAGGCCCCACAUCUUAUAUACCUCCUAAAGUUAACUGGCUGCCGGCCGAAAAAGGCAAGGGCUUCGACAUUUGGGGCACAUUUACGAGAAAGAACGGACAGAUUAGCAUGGAUAUGACUUUCACGAAUAAGGCGAUGCAACCUAUGGGAGGAUUCGCGAUACAGCUCAACAAAAACAGCUUUGGACUAACGCCGGCAGCUCCGUUGCAAGUACCGGCUCCCUUAAAUCCUGGCGCAAGUAUAGAAACAAGCGUUAUAUUGUCUACCGCGGGUGCAGUACAACGGAUGGAGCCCUUAAACAAUCUUCAAGUCGCUAUCAAAAACAAUAUCGAUGUUUUCUACUUCGCGUGUCUCGUCCCGAUGAAUGUAUACUUCGCAGAGGAUGGCCAAUUGGACAAGAGAGUAUUUCUUUCAACUUGGAAAGAUAUACCUGCACAAAAUGAGGUACAAUAUACGCUAAAUGGAGUAAUGUUGACUGCGGAUCAAGUUGUACAAAAAAUGCAACAGAACAAUGUCUUCACAAUUGCUAAGAGAAACGUAGAGGGUCAAGAUAUGCUUUAUCAGUCUCUCAAGUUGACAAACAAUGUUUGGGUGUUGAAUGAAUUGAAGAUUCAGCCAGGCAACCCUGAUGUUACAUUAUCUCUGAAAUCUCGAUCAGUGGAAGUCGCUCCUGGAGUAUUUCAAGCAUACAACGCAAUCUUACAUUCUUAAGUUUUUUUUUUUAUUACAUCAAUUAGGAUAUUGCCGUAAAAUAUGAACUAUAAACAAUAUAGCACGCAAGCAUGCGCAGCAGCCUAUAUUUAUAGAAGCUAUCUGUUUCCGCAUAUCGUGCAUGAGAUUUGAGUAUCUUGAAAUACAGUACCAUAGAAAUCUCUCACUGUUACAUAUUGUCGAAUUUAUUAUAAAAAUGAUCCCUAACAUGUAUGGAAAUAAAAAUUUAUGAUUAUA